UCAUCAUUCAUCAUACUAUAUUAUAUAAUCCAUUCUUUGUCCUCUCUUCUCUUUACAUGUAAAUUCACAUAUCUCUCUAAUUUGCUCACUAGAUAUUAUUUCUUUCCUCUUGAAAAGUCCAAAAAUGAGAAGCUUUCUCUACCUCAUCGUAGUCAUCUUCCUCUUCUCUUCAUCCGUUAACGCUUGUGAUCGAUGUCUACACCGUUCUAAAGCAUCUUAUUUCUCCUCUGCUUCUGCUCUCUCUUGUAAACAUUCCCAUCUUCUUCUAACUACUUCCGUUUAACUACUAGUUUGUUUCUUUUUUCUCAUGUCUUGUUUAUGGGUAUUUUCUAGCCGGGGCUUGUGCCUAUGGCCCUAUGGCUACGAGCUUCUUUGCCGGCCACAUUGCGGCCGCUAUACCUUCCAUUUACAAAGAUGGUGCUGGCUGUGGAGCUUGCUUUCAAGUCAGAUGCAAGAACCCCAAGUUGUGUAACAGUAAAGGAACCAUUGUGAUGGUCACAGACUUGAACACGAGCAACCAAACUGAUCUUGUCCUUAGUAGUAGAGCUUUUAGGGCUAUGGCUAAGCCUGUUGUUGGUGUUGACAAAUACCUUCUCAAACAAGGCAUCGUCGACGUUGAAUACCAAAGAGUUCCUUGCAAUUACGGUAAAAGGAAUUUGAACGUGAGAGUGGAAGAAGCAAGCAAAAAGCCAAAUUACUUGGCGAUAAAGCUAUUGUACCAAGGAGGUCAAACCGAAGUGGUAGGUAUCGACAUUGCUCCAGUAGGUUCGUCACAAUGGAGUUACAUGAGUAGAAGCCACGGAGCCGUUUGGGCGACCGAUAAAGUACCAACGGGAGCUCUACAGUUCAAGUUCACGGUGACAGGCGGCUACGAUGGCAAAACGGUUUGGUCAAAGAGGGUUCUUCCGGCGAAUUGGAACUCUGGGAGGAUUUAUGAUGCCGGCGUUCAGAUCACCGACAUUGCUCAAGAAGGUUGUGAUACAUGCGGUCACAUAUGGAACUGACUCAUUACAAUUCUCCUUAUUUAGGCAAACAACAAACAAACACCCUUUAUAGGAUAUAUACAUGUAUGUGUAACAGAGUUCAUUAUUUAAUGAGUUGAAGAAUUCACAACAGGAGUGGCUUAUAUAAUCUGGAUUAAACAAAAGAACUAGAGAGUAAAGGUCAUGCUAAAAGCUAGAGUCCAUGUCACCAAAAAAAACAAGAAAAACAAAAAAUGUCACUUAUCAUUGCAAGCAAGAAUCCGACAAGAAAAAAAAAACAUAUCUUAGAGAUGUCUAACAAUUGGAAAACAAUAAUGUAUGGAAAGGUUUAAGAUAGGUCAAAGAAGAAACUGUUGUGUCUUUAUAUAAAUUAGUAAGGAAACAU